CCAGAAAUGUUCUCAACCAUCUGUGUAUAUAAGGGGUUGGUUCAAGAGAGGCAACAUUGCUUCAGAUCCUCAGAGGAACCUUCUGGACUUUCUUGUAGAGAAGUGACUUACUGCCAAGAGUAAAAAUGGUGAACUAUGAAGUCACUGUGCAUAACUCUGAAAGAUUUAAGGCCUACACUAGGGAAUAUAUAUACAUCACGUUGGUGGGGGAAAAAGGACAAAGCAAAACAACAUGGCUCUCUGGAGCAAAAUCCUUCUUAGGAAUGGAGUUAAAAUGUACCAUAACCACAGAGAAAGCUCUUGGAAAACUGCAGCAAGUAGUGGUUCAGAAGAAGCCUUUGCUUUUUUUGAAUGACCAUUGGUUUCCGACAAAAAUAGAAGUCAAAACUGACACAAAUGAAACCUACAUCUUCCCCCUGUACACCUGGAUUACUGACAGUGAGAAACACUACUUCAGAGAGGGUCAAGCUUUUAUACCCUCUAAGGACCCUUUCGACUCAUCCAGUCGACAGGAAGAGCUUGAUAAUCGGCAAGAAGCAUAUCGCUGGAAAACAUCUGGAGAAGGACUACCUGAUCAUAUCAAAGCAAAAGAACCGACUGACCUGCAUUUAGACGCCCAAUUCAUAUUGCUCAAGGAAAUAUGGCUUAACACUCAGGGAUUUAUAGCGUAA